AUGGUAAAAAUACAAAUCCUCUCUGAUCUUCAUCUGGAGGUUCCAGCGGCGUACGAUGUCUUUGAAAUUACUCCAACAGCAGAGUACCUUGCGUUGCUCGGGGACAUUGGCUACACCAAGGACGUCGGUUUGAUCGAAUUUCUUCGAAAGCACCUGGCUAAAUUCAAAAUCAUCUUCUAUGUGCUCGGCAACCAUGAGCCAUAUCACUCGUCUUAUGCGGCUAGCAAGCAACAUCUUCUCACGCUCCAGGCUGAAACCGAACAACAAGCAAGUGGGAAGUUUGUCCUCCUUGACCAAACGCGGUACGAUCUCUCGCCAACGGUGUCUAUUCUCGGCUGCACGCUCUUCUCCAACAUCACAGCUGCUCAAAAAGACUUUGUCAAUUUUGGACUCAAUGAUUUCUACCACAUCGAGAAUUGGACCGUGGAGGAGCAUGUGCAGAAGCACGAAUCUGAGCUUCGUUGGCUCAACGCUGAAAUUCAGAAGCUCAUGGAGGGAUCGGACCGCAAGAUCAUCAUCAUGUCACACUACUCUCCGACCGAUGAUGCUCGUGCUAUCGAUCCCAAACACAAGAGCAGUACUAUUUCAUCUGGCUUCAUGACUGAUUUGUCCCAGGAGAUUUGCUUCUCCUCGGAAGGUGUCGCGGUUCUGGCGGCUCAGCAGAACACAGCUCGGGCGAUCAUAGACGCUUACAACGCCUGGGAUGUCGACGCCAUCAUGGCUUAUCGAUCCCCUGAUUGCAAGCAUCGCGUGCUGCCCGCCUCUAUGAACUGGGCCGCGAAGAGCAACGACGAAUACCGCGCCUACCUUAACACAAUCAUGCCCCUGUACUCGAACUUUACAGUCGUUGUCAUGGAGGAGAUACACGAUGCGAGGGCGCACACCUGUAUUAUACACGCGUCUAGUACAGCGCACACGAAAAUCGGGCUGUAUGCGAACGAGUACGCGUUAAUCCUGACCUUUACAGAAGACGGCGCGGGGGUUACUAAGUUUAAUAAGUUUGUCGACUUAGCGUACUCUUAG